UUCCUCCGCUCCGCCCCGGCGCGCCCCGCCGGCCCGCCCGCCUGCCCGCCGGCCCCAGGCAGCACUCGCAGGCAGCGGCGCCGCGGCCGGCGGCCGAGUGGGGAGAAUGCGGCGGCGCUCGCGGAUGCUGCUGUGCUUCGCCUUCCUGUGGGUGCUGGGCAUCGCCUACUACAUGUACUCCGGGGGCGGCUCCGCGCUGGCCGCGGGCGCGAGCGGCGGUGCGGGCAGGAAGGAGGACUGGAACGAGAUCGACCCGAUUCAAAAGAAAGACCUGCACCACAGCCACGGGGACGAGAAAGCACAGAGCGUGGAGACCCUCCCUCCAGGGAAGGUGCGAUGGCGGGACUUCAACCAGGAGGCGUACGUUGGAGGGACCAUGGUCCGCUCCGGGCAGGACCCCUACGCCCGCAACAAAUUCAACCAAGUGGAGAGCGAUAAGCUGCGGAUGGACAGAGCCAUACCUGACACCAGACACGACCAGUGUCAGCGGAAGCAGUGGCGGGUGGAUCUGCCGGCCACCAGCGUGGUGAUCACGUUCCAUAAUGAAGCCAGGUCGGCCUUGCUGAGGACAGUGGUCAGCGUGCUGAAGAAGAGCCCGCCCCACCUCAUAAAAGAAAUCAUCUUGGUGGACGAUUACAGCAACGACGCGGAGGACGGGGCUCUCUUGGGAAAAAUUGAAAAAGUGCGGGUUCUCAGAAAUGAUCGGCGAGAAGGCCUGAUGCGCUCACGGGUCCGGGGCGCCGACGCGGCCCAGGCCCGGGUCCUGACGUUCCUGGACAGCCACUGUGAGUGCAACGAGCACUGGCUGGAGCCGCUGCUAGAGAGGGUGGCCGAGGACAGGACUCGGGUCGUGUCACCCAUCAUCGACGUCAUCAACAUGGACAACUUCCAGUACGUGGGGGCAUCCGCUGACUUGAAAGGCGGUUUCGACUGGAACUUGGUGUUCAAGUGGGAUUACAUGACGCCUGAGCAGCGGAGGGCCCGGCAGGGCAACCCCGUCGCCCCCAUAAAAACGCCCAUGAUCGCUGGAGGGCUGUUCGUGAUGGAUAAGUCCUACUUUGAAGAGCUGGGGAAGUACGACAUGAUGAUGGACGUGUGGGGAGGCGAGAACCUGGAGAUCUCCUUCCGCGUGUGGCAGUGCGGAGGCAGCCUGGAGAUCAUCCCCUGCAGCCGCGUGGGGCACGUGUUCCGGAAGCAGCACCCCUACACUUUCCCCGGGGGCAGCGGCACUGUCUUUGCCCGUAACACCCGCCGGGCAGCAGAGGUCUGGAUGGACGAGUACAAAAAUUUCUACUAUGCAGCAGUGCCUUCCGCCCGAAACGUCCCUUAUGGCAAUAUUCAGAGCCGCCUGGAGCUUCGGAAGAAACUCAGCUGCAAGCCGUUCAAGUGGUACCUUGAGAAUGUCUACCCAGAGUUGAGGGUCCCCGACCAUCAGGAUAUCGCUUUCGGGGCUUUGCAGCAGGGAACCAACUGCCUGGACACUUUGGGGCACUUUGCGGACGGUGUCGUUGGAGUGUACGAGUGUCACAAUGCCGGGGGGAACCAGGAGUGGGCCCUGACCAAGGAGAAGUCGGUGAAGCACAUGGACUUGUGCCUGACCGUGGUGGACCGGGCACCCGGCUCGCUCAUAAAGCUGCAGGGCUGCCGAGAAAACGACAGCAGACAGAAAUGGGAGCAGAUCGAGGGCAACUCCAAGCUGCGGCAUGUGGGCAGCAACCUGUGCCUGGACAGCCGUGCGGCCAAGGCGGGCGGCCUGAGCGUGGAGGUGUGCGGCCCUGCGCUGUCCCAGCAGUGGAAGUUCUCACUCAACCUGCAGCAGUAGCGGCUUUGCGGCGGCGGCCGCCUCCUGCCCCGUGGGCCACGUCGGAUGGUCGGUCAGCUUGUCGAUCGUGUCUCUCAAACUGUCCGUGAAACUAUAUACCUCAGUAUUCCAUCAAGGUCUGAAGGUCGGAGCCCAGCUGCAAGGCCCGAGGGCCGCGUGGGCGAGGACGUGGCGAGGAAGGAGUACUGCCCCCCUCAAGUCGCAGGACGCAGCCAGGCCCCCUUUCCGGAGGCCACGGCUGCCCUUCCCAGCUUCCCCCCGGGCCUCGCUCAGACUGAGGGGCGUCCCCAGCGACCACGGAGGCGUGCGGACAGGGGACUCGGAGAGGGAAGGGGCACGGGCCGCUCCGUCGCAGCAGCGAGACCAGCGCCGCACAGCUCCACUGCCGGCCUGUGGCGGCCGUACGUGGUGCCUGGGCCACCAGCCGUCGGUCGCCCCGCAGGCUUCCGUCUUCCUCCCUCCCCGACCCCCGGCGCCCAGCCACAGGGGGUCGGGGAAGCUGGCCCUGUGCACAGCGUCCGCCCGUGUUUGAUACGAACUUCUCCGUGGUGGGACGCCACAUAUAAAUACAUGUAAGGAGAGCGCGUGCGGUCAGUCCCCUCUGGUUUCCGUAGGUCGUCCUCAUGUAAAUUCCCCAUGAAGCAGUGCGUGGCCGUGUGGAGGAGCAGGCGUGGCCGCUGCCCCUGGGGGCGGCCCCCGCGUGAGCGGGGCCACCGGCCAGCGGGGCCUUCCUGGGCGGCACGCCUCUGUUUGGCUUUGGCCUGGGAGUCGGUCGCUGCUGUGUGUUGGAGUCCACGUUCUGUGCCCUUGGUAGCUGUAAACCUGGACGGGUUGCUUAUUUUGACACAUACUGCUUUAGGUCUUUUUAAAUUAAAUUUCUUUUCUCAAAGGAAAAAAAAAACCAGUCCCAUAGCUCCCAGUGACUGUCAGAAGCUGUCACAGGCUGGUGCCAGGCUGAUCGUGCGAGUCCUGCUGUGCCAGCGGCGCCGUAGAGGGCCUGAGGCCCCAGGACCGGCCCUGCCUGCUCCACCCCUCCCCACCGGGGCGCCGUGGGAGCUCCGGCCGAGCACCAGGAAGGGUGGGAGCCAGCACUGCCAGCCCGCGGGUGCCGGGGCCUCGGGCCUGGAGCAGCAGCCUGUGGUCGAAGCAGAAGUCAGCGUGAGCCACAGACAGUCGCGAACUAAAAGUAGCAACAGGAGGAAACACCUGGGCGACCACCUGCGUGCCCGGCGACGUUCCCGCAGAGCCCUCCUUGCCUUUGAGGUGUCCCCACCUGCAGCGACCAGCCCCAGAGCAGGGCUGCUUGGUCAUUCUGGCCGCGGCCCCCUUGGCCCAGCCCUCCCACGCAUGCCCGGUCUCCAAGGGGCCGGCCAUGCUGGGCAGCCCACGAGCUCCACGCAGCGGGGCCUGUGUGCUGAGCGCAUCUUCAGGCCCCUCCGGAGGCGCUGGGAGGUCACAGAGUGAGAGUGGUCCCAAAGACCCUGCUGGGUUGACACUGCCAGUGCCACCCGGCCCCUCGCGUUUCUUUGAGGAAAGGGGACACUGUUGCUCUUUCCUCCUCUGCCCGAGUUUGCUCUGGCGGUGGGGACAGAGCGUGGCUCGGUGCCUUUGUCCUCUGUGCUCCUCUGUUGUACGCCCGGCCGGGCAACCAGGCACCCGCCAGUGGCGGGGGUGGCCGGGGCUGGGUGAACUCACACCGUGACGUCCUCAGAGGCUGAGCUGGAUGGUGGGUCUGCCCCUGGGUAGAGGCUUAGGUCCCUGUGCGAGGCUGUUGAAUCCAGGCGCAGCUGGAGCCCUCAGCCCGGCACCUGGCCUCUGUCGUCGGGCCUGUCCCCUGUGAGCGAUUACUGCUGUUAGAGAAACCCGCUGACGGAAAACAAAUUGUCAUAGGGUCCCCACGGUCCUCCGCCCACACCCCCACCCAACCCGCCGUCUAGCCAACCUUGCUCCCUGGGACUGGUACUUCCUGUCCCUCAAAGGGGGGGGGGUCUCUCUGUCCCUGAGCAGGUGCCGUGGCCCCCUGCACGGAGGCCUGGAGCAGAGGCGGGCUGGGAGGGCUCCCAUGAGGCGAGCUAUGUUUACACGACACAGUGUGUGCCAAAGUGACUUACUGUGGUUGCUUUAUUUUGUAGUCACCGGCCCGCCCCGCCCUCCCGCUCCAUUUUUACAAACGCAGACCCGUUCCCAAGAGCCCCCGAGCAACACGGGGCGCGGCCGUCGCCCUCCGGUGACAGCCUUUCUCGUGUCUUUGUAAGCGCUGAGAUGGUGGUGUCUGUGAGUAUGUUUUGCAAAUUCAAAAUAUAGUUUGGUAAUUUUUUUUCCAGUUGAUUUUUUAAAAGAACUGCUGUACAGAGCUUGUACUUUGUCCAUUUUAUAGAUGGAAACCAUCCUUGAAAAUUGUUUAACUUAAAUAAAGAGAAGAUACUUUAUAGAUAA